CCGAUCUGAGAUUCUCAGGCGAAGAUUUUGUAUCUUUUUUUCCGGUAACAAUCGCUCUUGGCCGUCCAAUUUCUAGUGGUUCAUUCUUGGAAGACUUGGUUGAUCGGAGAUAAAAAUGAAGCCAGUAAUAGGCACAGUGGUAUCGAACAAGAUGCAAAAGUCGGUGGUCGUCGCCGUCGAUAGACUCUUCCACAACAAGCUCUACAACCGCUACGUCAAGCGUACUUCCAAAUUCAUGGCGCACGACGACAAAGACGCUUGCAACAUCGGCGAUCGAGUGAAAUUGGAUCCAUCAAGGCCAUUGAGCAAGCAUAAGCAUUGGGUUGUUGCAGAAAUCAUCAAGAAAGCUCGAAUCUAUUCACCUCAGGCUGCUGCUGCUGCCGUUGCUGCUUCUGCUUCUGCUUCCUCAGCCUCCAUUGCUGACUCUUCUGCUCAGUCUCAGAUUCCUCCAUCAUCUACUACUUAAAGUUUUGUUAGGAGAAACGUGCAUGGAAUGGGAGAGAUGUCUAUGAAACAACAUAGGCACUGUACUCGAAGUUGAUGCUUUUUGAUCAUGUCUGUGGUAUUAGGUUUCCUGAGAUGAUUAUUAGUUAUAUGAUGAUAAUAACACUGUUAAGAAACUCGAUCUUCUUAUGUCAUUUUGGUAAAUUAGUGCAUUCAUGUUUCAGCAAAAGUGUGAGAUACUGAUGAGUUGUUGCUAAAUUUUUUUGUCAUUU